GUGCUGCCUUCGAUGCGUGCCUGCGGUCGAUGCCGCAUGUCACUGCAUGGGAUAAUCUCCAAGAUGGCUACGCCGUUGCUGGAGAUCACGUUCGUCACGGGGAACGCGAACAAGCUACGGGAGGUGCGCGAGAUUCUGUCUGCCUCCUCGUCAGCCGCAUUUGAACUGGUGUCGCAAGCCCUGGAGGUGCCGGAAAUCCAGGGCACUACGCAAGAGGUGGCGACAGCCAAGUGCAAGAGUGCCGCCUCGCUGCUGUUUUCUGCGCCUGAGACAGCCGCACGAUCUGACCGUCGACGAGCUGUGAUCACGGAGGACACUGCGCUCACGUUUGGUGCUUUCAACGACGUCCUUCCCGGAGUGUACAUCAAGGACUUUCUCCGGGAGCUUGGUCAUGACGGGCUAAACAAGAUGCUCGCUGGGUUCGAGGACAAGAGCGCGCACGCUGUGUGCACGUUCGCGCUGCAGUUUGAAGGGGAAACGGAGAUCAAAUUGUUCGAGGGGCGGACCAGAGGCACGAUCGUGCCAGCCCGCGGCCCAAAGAACUUUGGAUGGGACCCAAUCCUCGAGAUAGAAGCGACCGGGAAAACCUAUGCGGAGAUGGAGCCCGUGCAAAAGAACUCGCUCUCUCAUCGAUACAAGGCUCUUGAUAAACUCCGUUCAUUCCUGCAAGUGCAGGCUCCUCCCUCUUGAUGCGCUGCCGCCUCCACUUUGAUCGUGCUGUGCGAAGAGGAUGGCAGGUGAACCAGUCGCACGCGCGCUAUCCUUCGGUAGGCUUUCAUUGCGCCUCCCAACCGGUAAUCCUAACCAACCCAUAGCUGGUAUGCAUCUAGUUGUGCUGCAUGUAGCUUGUAUUGCAUGUAUGCUACAAAUGGGAUGGAAAACGUCUAAUGCUGC